AUGGAAUUCCAAGUGGGCGACCGUGUAAUGCUAAAGGUGUCCCCUUGGAAACGCAUUAUCCGUUUCGGAAAGCGCGAGAAGUUAAGUCCCUGUUUCCUUGGACCGUUUAAAGUGCUGGCUAGGGUAGGGCUUCAACCUUACAAAUUAGAACUACCCCCUGAAAUGGCUGGAAUCCACAACACAUUUCAUGUGUGUUACCUACGUAAGUGUUUAGCGGAAGAAGAAAGUGUAAUACCACUUUCGAAAAUUCAUGUGGAUAAGGACAACCGAUGUAUUGAAGAAUCGGAAGCCAUCUUGGAAAGAAAAAUCAAAGUAUUGAGGCACAAAGAAAUUGUAAUGGUUAAAGUUCAAUGGAAACAUCACCGAGGGUCAAACAUAACUAGGGAAGCUGAAGAGGACUUGAAGAGGCGUUACCCUCAUCUUUUCGAAUGA